AUGAUGAAGAUGAGUCGUGUGAUGUGUGUGUUGGCCGUUGUGCUGUGCUGUGCCUGCGGGUAUACCAUGGCGGCUGCUGCUGCUGUUGAUAAUGACAGUCCCAGUGGCCGUGGUGUAUCCCGUGGGGCUGUGGAGGUGUCGUGUGGGGCCGGCGGUGCGCUGCGUGUACGCCCCGCUGCUGAGAGCGAGUGGCUUACAUGCGGUGCCGGCAGCCGUGUGUCUGCAUGUGGGAAGUACGCAGACCUCUGCCGCCAUCGUACCGCAAGAACAACAACAACAACUACUACUACUACUAAUGGACAGCCAAAGGCGGUGAUGGCACUCCUUGGUGAUUAUUGGUCUGAUUUUGGUGAGUUUCCUUCUGGAAGUGAUACCGAUUCACGUCAGUCAAGUGGUGGUAGUGAAAACGGUAAUGGUAAACAGGGAGGUCCGGGAAAGCAAGUGACAAACAAAAAACUGGAAGGAGAACUAAGCGUGGUUCCACACGCUGGACGGGAGUCUCUGGCACAAAAGGAUAGCGAAGGUGCAGAAGAACACACGGGUGGCAAUAAAGCAAAUACAAUAGGUGAUGUUCAAUUACCGUCAGGUGGCGAAACUGAUGAUCAAACUUCAGAUCAACUCUCUGAGAAAAGUAAUCAUGUUGAGCCUACAUCAAGUUCGGCAAAUAACCCAUCAGUCUCACACUCUGAACGUGACGAUUCUUCUUCUUCCACCACAAUAUCUACCCCCGCACAAGAUGUUCCUGCUCCCAGUGUAACAACAACAGCAACAGUUACCAGCCCACAGAAUGUCGGUGAAGGAGCAGCAGCAGAAGAAUCUACUGCAAAAGGGAGUGAACCCUCGGCGACCACACUGUCUGCUAAUACUAAUACUGCCUCGUCUGAGUCUCAUGGUCAAACGAGAGAAGGUGGACCCAAUGAUGCUACGGAACAAUCGUCUUCUUCAAGCACGAACAGUGUAACUGAAGCAGCAACCCCCAGUACAUCUCCUCCACCCAAUCCAGAGAUCACCUAUAUUGCUUCCGCAGUGCAGAAGACCAAGGCUAAUGUUGACAGCAGCAGUGUCUGUCCUGUGUGGAUGCGCACUGCAGCACCGCUACUGAUUGUGGCUGUGUUGUUCUCCGUUACUGUGUACUGA